CUCACUGGUGAGAUGGUUAGCUUCUGCUGUUGCAGGAAGUGGUUUUAUUGUACUUUUUUUUCUCCUGCUUUCUUUCUGUCUUUAUGAGCUGUGGGAGAUUAACUCAAAUGCUGUCUGUAGACAUGUGACCUAGAUGUUUUCCGUUUUUUGAAAUAGUUAAAACUAUUGCUGGUUGAUGGAAGUUUGAGAUGAGACGACAUCAUCUGUGAGGCUGUAGGUCAACCCAGUAACCAUGGAAAGGUCUACAACUUCUGACAUGGCCUCUGAAAAACCUAAUCCUUCCCACCACAGUACAGGGGCUGUUCAAAUGAGGAUCAAAAGUGCCAACAGUCACCACGAUAGGCUGAGCCAAAGCAAAUCUAUGAUUCUGUCUGAGAAUGUGAAAGUCGCUGAGCCUGUAAAUCGUCAUAGAAGAAAUCAUUCCCAGCAUAACUUAAUGCUUGCAGACAUCAUUAGUACACAGGACCACACGGUAGUGGAGAAAGAAGGUUAUCUUCUAAAAGCUAAAAUAGCAGAUGGUGGCAAGAAAUUAAGGAAAAACUGGUCCACAUCUUGGAUUGUUCUCACUGCUCGGAAAAUGGAAUUCUACAAAGAAUCCAAGCAGCCGGCGCUGGCCAACCUGAAACCAGGGUAUAAACCUGAGUGUGUGGAUUUGUGUGGUGCUCGCAUUGAAUGGACCUCAGAGAAAUCCAGCAGAAAGAAUGUCUUUCAGAUCACGACAGUGUCAGGAAAUGAGUUCCUCCUCCAGUCGGAUAUCGACUUUCUCAUAUUGGAUUGGUUCCACGCUAUCAAAAAUGCAAUUGACAGAUUGCCAAAAGAACGGAGUUGUACAUCGAGAAAUUUGGAGUUCAAACUCAGAAGAUCCUCCAGCAUCGAAUUACUGAAUAGCUUAGACACUGAAUCCAAAGAACCAAAGCCUGAACACAGAAAAUCUUUAAUUUUCAGACUGAACUACAGUGCUUCUGACACAAAUGACAGAAACCGUGUUAAAAGCAGAUUAAAGAAGUUCAUCUCCCGAAGACCCUCCUUGAAAACAUUGCAAGAAAAGGGACUUAUUAAAGAUCAAAUUUUUGGCUCCCAUUUGCACUUGGUUUGUGAGCAUGAGAAAUCUACAGUCCCACAGUUUGUAAGACUAUGUAUAAAAGCUGUUGAAAAAAGAGGUCUAGAUGUUGAUGGAAUAUACAGAGUUAGCGGCAAUCUGGCAACAAUACAGAAGUUACGAUUUGUUGUCAAUCAGGAAGAGAAGCUGAAUUUGGACGACAGCCAGUGGGAGGACAUCCACGUUGUCACCGGAGCACUCAAGAUGUUUUUCAGAGAGCUGCCUGAGCCGCUGUUCCCAUACUGCUUCUUUGAACAGUUUGUGGAGGCGAUAAAAAUCCAGGACAACGCUACUCGCAUCAAAUCCAUAAGGAACUUGGUAAAAAAGCUCCCUAGACCAAACUAUGACACAAUGAAAAUCCUUUUUGAACACCUAAAAAAGAUAGCAGCCAAGGAAUCCGUGAAUCUUAUGUCAACACAAAGCUUAGGAAUUGUGUUUGGACCAACACUCCUUAGACCUGAAAAGGAGACAGGGAACAUGGCAGUCCACAUGCUGUACCAAAAUCAGAUAGUUGAACUUAUGUUGAGUGAGUACAGCAAGAUCUUCGGCUCUGAGGAAGACUGACAGACAGGGCCUGUUAUUGAAAAUGUUCACAUCUGUCUUGAUGUCUAAUAUUUUUACAUUUCUGUAAACAUAUUUCUGAAAUAUUUCUUUUUCUUUCAAGUGACAGAUGCCUCAUUUUGUGAAAACUUAAUGAUGAUUUUGUGUUUAAUUUUCAAACAUUGGAAUAAAAAAUAUUGUCAACAUUUGCCUAUAUGUAUUCUGCAUUAACCCUUUGAGAGUUUCAUUAUGCUAGCACUCCAAGUGUCACUUUUUUUGCAAGCUGAGCAUGCAGCAUAUGGCCAAAGACCAUAGAAAAUGCUGUUUACCAACAUAUGCAAUGGCACAGAAAGACAAAUAAUAAUUGAGGAGAUUUGUAGAAAACUGAUUAAAAUAUGUAUAUUAAAAGCAGUGAAUUAAACAGUGAUACCAGUUAUUUGUAGCUAAUAUGAUUACAAUUUACCUUUCUCUUUGAUAUAUAUUUAAAGUUAAAGACAUGACGAAUAAUUAAUUUGCCUGCCUCAAAAGUUCAAAAAAAGAUUACAUUUCAUACUUUUAAACAAAUAUAAAAUAAUAAUUAAAAAAACAAACAAAAAAAAAACAAAACAAAAACAAAAAAAAAUACAAAAACAAAACAAAACAAAACAAACAAACAAAAAAAAACAGCAAACAAAAUGUCAGUAUUUGCAUAACAGUGUCUAAAAAAAAAUUAAAAAUUAAGUUGGAAUUUUGGCAUUUUUACUGAAAUGCAGUACAUGAAACGAAGACAUUGCAUGACUGUUCAUUUUAAUGUAACAUCCAUUUUGAUUCUUCAUCACACUGUACAUCUGCCCGCUUUCCCCAGCUAUCUCAUGUUCUGUAGCAUUUGUAUUGUGCUCCUGAGGAUGCUUUAUUGGUGAACUACAUUAAAUUCAUCUAGAAAGAACUUUAAAAAAAAGCCUUUUCAUAUGCCCUUAGGAUUACUUGGCUAGACUUGAAUCAAUUUAUGCAUUUGAUGGUUAGUUUCAGUUGUCAUGGAUAAACAAAAGGGUAACUGUCUAGAAUAUAUCAAAUAUUGUUUCAUUUUGAAAUGUAUGUUUCCAGCUAUACACAUCUCCUACCGUUUUGUAAAAGUAUUCUGCUGAUAAAAUGUAGACUUAUGUUUGACAGCUUUUUAAUCAAGUUCAAAGAGAAUAAAUAAAACUAAUCCAGUGUGGUAAA